AAAUUAUUUUUUUUUUUUAGUGUUGAAAAAAAGAGUAUUGGAUAACGAAUAAAAUUUUAACGAAUGUUCAUCAGGUUUCUCUGUCGCCUUGGAUGGAUAAGGAUAAUAUACUUAUUUGAAGUUUCCUUCAGGAAUAAAAAAUUCGACAAAAUGGUUUGCUUGGAGGAUGCACGUACCUGAUAUUGGGAUUGAAAGAGCAAAUGCCAUUCAACAUGAGUACGAUGAACAGAGAAAUUAAUAAAAACGAAAUUAAUGAGAAAUUAAAUAAGAUAAAUUCCAUUGAGGAAUUUUACGCUGGUACUGGGAUUCUAGUGACGGGAGCAACAGGUUUUGUAGGGAAAGCUCUCCUCGAGAAGCUGAUGCGCGUGUGUUCACGCGUCGCUGCAAUUUUUAUACUUAUUCGACCGAAGAAGAACCAAACGAUAGAAGAAAGAUUUAAGAAGCUCAUAGAAGAUCCUAUUUAUGACAGCGUAAGAAAAAGAGAUCCCUCAAUUUUCGGCAAAAUUUGCCCCAUAAAAAGUGACGUAAGCCUGCCAGAUCUAGGUCUUUCGGGAGAAGACAGGGCUACAUUGAGAGAAAAUGUGAACAUAGUGUUUCAUGUCGCGGCCACUGUAAGAUUCAACGAACCACUGGACGUGGCUGUCAACAUGAAUACGAAAGGCACUGCUCGUAUAAUCAAAUUGUGCAAAGAGCUGAAGCAUGUAAUUAGCAUCAUCCACGUUAGCACAGCUUACAGUAAUACAAAUUUAUCAGAGAUCGACGAAAAAGUUUACACCACGAGCUUAGAACCUUCUGCAGUGAUCGAUAUGUGCGAGAAACAAGAUAGAAAAUCGAUCAAACAACUGGAAGAAAGAAUUUUGAAAGUGCAUCCAAACACGUACACCUUCACUAAAAAUCUAGCGGAGCAGAUUGUGGCUAGCAAUAGUAACGGUUUGCCAGUUGCGAUAGUACGACCAAGUAUAAUUGGUGCCUCGCUGGAAGAACCGUGUCCUGGCUGGGUGGACAAUAUAUAUGGACUGACAAGCAUCUUUCUACAAAUUGGGAAAGGUACUGCAAAAGCGAUAGUAGGAAAGAAAGACGCAAAAUUGGACGUAGUGCCUGUUGAUUUUGUAGUCGACAUAAUAAUAUGUGCAGCGUGGCAUAUAACACUGCAGCAUGAUAAUAAAGUUAAAGUAUAUAACUGCACAAGUAACGCAUAUCCCUUCAGAUGGGGUCAGAUGAAAGAUAUAAUCGUACAAUGUAGCAUUGAAACGCCGCUGAACGAUGUGUUAUGGUAUCCGUGUUGUAAAGUAGUAGCUAAUAAAUUUGUUUAUAACGUUUUGAAUAUGCUUCUACACAUUUUACCAGCGUUUGUCACAGAUAUCUUUUUAAAACUACUAGGUAGUAAACCAAUGAUGAUGAAAAUUAUCAAAUAUUUUAAUCAGCUAGUUGCAGCGACAGCGUACUUCAGUACGCACGAGUGGACAUUCCACAGAAACAAUAUUACGGACAUGAUGAAGAAAGUAAAGACACUGAAAGAUAACGACAUCGUGAAAUUAGAUUUAAAAGAUAUGGAUUGGAAAAAGUAUGCUACAAAUUACAUGAUGGGAAUUAAGAAAUUUAUUUUGAAAGAAGACUGUAAAUCUAUGAAUGUGGUGCGACAACGAUUAUCGCUGUUGUACUGGAUACAUCAGAUAACUAUGGCAUCAAGUACAAUGGUUAUUUUGGCAAUAAUAUUGCGUAUUACAUACUGGCUACUUAUUUGUUUUUAAUUUAAGUAAAACUUGAUUAUUUCUGUAAAUAUUAAAAAUA